AAAGAGGCACUCACAUACACACACACACAUCUUCAUCUGUACUGCUGCUGAGCGGAGGAGAGCAUCUCACCAUCAGGGGCGGACAGGCUGCGAGAUGUACGGCAGGCAGAUGGAGACUGGGGAGCUGACGGACGAGGAGAAGCAAAUCAUCAACAGCGUGCUGGAGAGAGCCAAGACUAUGGAAGCCAUGGAGCAGGAGAGGAUUGGGCGUCUGGCAAAUCGCCUGGACAGCAUGAAGCGUUCGGCCUGCGGUGAUGGUUACUCUCGCUGUUUACUCUGCGGACAGCAGUUCGGCCUCACCGGUGUCAGCGCUGUCGUAUGUGCUGAGUGUAAAAAGAACAUGUGCACUAAGUGUGGCGUUCAAAGCGUCUGUCGUUCUGGACCAAUAUGGUUGUGCAAAAUCUGCUGUGAACACAAAGAGAUGCUGAAGCGGUCCGGUGCCUGGUUUUUCAAAGGUUCACCACAACAGGUUUUACCUGCUCCUUUGGCUAUCUCUAAUCAGAGAGAACUCAGUACGUCCAGAACUUCCACCAAUCCAUCAGCCAAUCAACAGUCUCCAAUACCUUCACAGCCAAAAAAUGCAGAAAGCGUUCAGGUCACCGGCAGAGAGCAGCAGAUAUCUACAGAAACGAUGUCCGCUAAACGGGAAGAGCGUUCUGUCAUAUCCCAAAGAGCCCUAGAAGAAGACGGAGGGAGACACAGGAGCACGGUUCAGUCCGACGCCGCAAUGGAAGGACAAACUUUCUCACCUGUGGUCAAGCGAGAAGUGCCGGUGCAGAGUUCCAAACCUCCAGCGUCCACCUUUUCCACAACUCCAAUACAAAAAGAUGCUAUGAGCCGACCGGAGGCCAGGGCGCCACCUGCUAUGCAGGCCGACGCACGUUUGCCAGCUGCCAACAGCGUUCCUGCUUCACGCCAGCCACCACCCCCCACCACAGAGGAUGAAGAGGAUGCCAACAGCUAUGACUCUGACGAUGCCACCACUCUGGGCAUGCUGGAGUUCAGUCUGCUGUACACGGAGGAGAGAAAUGAACUGCACUGCAAUAUAAUCAAAGCAAAGGGUCUCAAGCCAAUGGACUCCAACGGUCUGGCCGAUCCUUAUGUGAAACUGCACUUGCUUCCGGGAGCCAGUAAGUCUAACAAGCUCAGAACAAAGACGCUUCGUACCACCUUGAAUCCUGUGUGGAAUGAGACCCUUGUUUAUCAUGGCAUCACUAACGAAGACAUGCAGAAAAAAACUCUCAGGCUUUCUGUCAGCGAUGAGGACAAGUUUGGCCAUAACGAGUUUAUCGGCGAGACGCGGGUGGUCUUGAAAAAACUGAAGCUGAACCAGAAGAAGACCUACAACGUGUGUCUUGAGAGAGUGAUUCCGGUGAGACGUACUGCUGGUGGUGGAGCUUCUCGUGGCAUGGCGCUUUAUGAGGAGGAGUUGAAGGAUGAUGAAGAGGCAGAGGAAAGAGGACGAAUCCUGGUUUCUCUCACCUACAGCAGUCAACAAGGUCGUCUGAUUGUGGGUGUCGUUCGAUGUGCUCAUCUGGCAGCAAUGGACUCCAAUGGCUAUUCAGACCCGUUUGUAAAGAUUUGCUUGAAGCCUGACAUGGGAAAGAAAGCGAAGUACAAGACUCAGAUCAAAAAGAAGACCCUUAACCCUGAGUUUAAUGAGGAGUUCAGCUAUGAAAUCAAGCAUGGAGAACUGGCCAAGAAGACUUUGGAUGUUUCUGUCUGGGAUUAUGAUAUGGGAAAAUCAAAUGAUUUCAUCGGUGGAUGCCAGCUUGGAAUCACCGCCAAAGGCGAAUGUUUGAAACACUGGUAUGAAUGUCUAAAGAACAAGGACAAGAAGAUCGAGCGCUGGCAUGUUCUCUUGAAUCAAAGCAACGUUGAGGCAGAUGACUGAGGCGUCGCAUCUCCAAAGAUCUCCAAUUCUGGUAGCAUAUCGUACCAAUCUAUCUUCCAAACCAAGUAAUUUCGCUUCCAAGCUUGAACUGCUGAUAACCAUUUCUUUUGACUUUACCUCGCCUGAAACCAUGUGAUGAGCUGCAGUGGUCUAAUUGAGAAACCUAGGAAACCCAGUUGCUUUGUUUUAUCCUGUAUGGUAUUCAUUCAUUAAAUGCCUUAAAGAACAAAACCUCACGAAUACAGAUGUGAUGCAGUUAUCUUAGUCUUCAAACCCUGUAACCAAAUAUUCUCAAGGACACUGCGGGGAAAAAAAAGGCUUUACUCGUGUAAAAUGUCAGUUCUUUAAAGAAACACUCCACUUUUUUUUGGAAAUAGGCUCAUUUUACAACUCCCCUAGAGUUAAGGCUGAUUUAUACCUCUGCGUGGAGUGAUCGGCGUGACCCUUUGCGCGUAGUUGUGCAUUUAUACUUCUGCAUGCUGUUUGUGUUGCUCUGCAAUAACACUUCCGAAACGUUAGUUGGCAAUAGGGUUUUAUGUUCCUUUUUGUCAAGUUUCUUAGUGGUUGUUUUGUUUUUUCUGAACGCUACCUUAAUGUACAAGUAGCUAAAACUUGCUAAUUCAGCGGCGGGAACCAGUGGACGUGCAAUGACUUUAAUCAUAAGGUAAACACAAAACAGAAGUCUCCAUCUGGAGCUCCUUCACGGGACUUGACACUUGUAAACACUCACUCCAACAGGUUUGUGCGGGUCUCGGCCCCAACCACACUGGUCACAGCCACUAAGCCGACUAAUCAAAGAGCUUGCGCUAUGCAUCGUUGCGACGUGUAUUUUCUUUUUGUAGGCGAGGGUUUUGAGACCAUGCAAAGGCUGUGUCGAAGCAUACAUGUUCGCUUGACGCAGAAGUGUAAAUCAGCCUUUAGACAUAUUUUUGAAUCCAUUCACCAUUCAGCUGAUCUCUUGGUCUGGCGGGGAUACUUUUAGCUUAGCAUAAAUCAUUGUAUCAGAUUAGACCAUUAGCAUCUUGCUCAAAAAUGUCAAGAAAUUUCAAUAAUAUUCCUAUUUAAAUAUUCAUUAUUCUGUAGUUACGUCGGGUAUGAAGAAUAACGAAUCCUGUUGUCAUGUGAAGGCAACACGGUCUCUGUCUCUCUCAGCGAUAUCUUUAAAAUGUUUUCUGUCGAACCCCAAACAGAUCUAAAUUUGAACUGUCAAAUUUAAAACCUUAAACAGCUAACGAAAAUGUCGAAAGCCACAAAGACAUUGAAAAAGACUAGCAGAGAAUGUUACACUGGCUAACAUUGCCACCUUGCAAAGAGACCAAAGAGUUGGCAUUGCAGUCGAUUUCAAAACUUUACUUGUAUUGUAAUGUAAUGUAAUGUGUAUUUAUAUAGCGCAUUUAUUGUGUAUGACCAUAUACUCAAAGCACUUCACAAUCACGGGGGGUUCCUUCCACACCACCACCAGUCUGCAGCAUCCACUUGGGUGAUAUGACAGCAGCCACAGGACAAUGGUGCCAGUGCACUUACCACACACUAGCUAUAAAUGGAGUGGAGAGACAGUGAUAGAGCCAAUUCUGUGGAUGAGGAUGAUUGGGAGGCCAUGAUGGGGAAUUUGGACAGGACACCGGGGUUACACCCCUACGAGAAGUGCUAUGGGAUUUUUAAUGACCACAGAGAGUCAGGACCUCAGUUUAACAUCUCUUCCGAAAGACGGUGCUAACUGACAGUAGUUUCCCCUUCACUUUACUGGGGCAUUAGGACUCACACAGACCGCAGACUGAAUGCCACCUGCUGGCCUGACUAACACCACUUCUACAGCCACCUAGUUUUCCCAUGUGGUCUCCCAUACAGGUACUGACCAGGCGCAGCCCUGCUUAGCUUCAGUGAGUAACCAGUGUUUGGCUGCAGGGUUGUGGCUUUAGAAUCAAGACUUGACAUAGUACAAACAACCAUUCCAGAACAUGGUCAAUGAAUGAACUUGUUGGAAACUAAUGUCGAGCUUGAGACCUGAGAAUUCAGGCUUUGGAGGAGGGAUGUGAAGUACUGGCGAGCAGUAAUGCAAAGUUAAUAGCGAAAAUAAUUGAUCUGGAAAGUCAGGGCCGCAGAAACAACAUAAGGAUGGAAGAGUUACCUGAAACGGUUGAAGGCCCAGACCCACAACUUUUUUUGCCAAACUCCUGGUCGAAGUUCUCUGAGUUCAGACACUUCUAUUUCCUCUAGAUCUGUACCGAGUGCAUAGAAUGCUCACUGAAAUGGCGGUUAUUGCAUCUGUUGGAGCCACGGUAUGGCAGCAAUGUACCCCAAUUAUUUUGCCAGAAUGAGGAUAUAGUUCCUAGCAUAUCAACCAAGAAAAUAGCAACUUUUUGCACAAGUCCUUUUUUUGUCGGUCUUGAUGUAACUACAGAAGAGUCAAGUUUUAAAUACAGUACCUGUCGUCGAUCCCAGUCGUAAGAGCAACAAAUAAUGACUUCACUUCUAGUUGAUCAUAUGGAAAAGUGGUAGAAGGUGGAUUUCUCAGUUGAACCAUCUGUUGAACAUCGAAACUACUGCAGAGGACCUAUUGGAACCCGGAUAGACCCAAGAUUCUCACUGAAAUCAGUUAAGUUUGGUAAAGGAAAAAUCAUGGUUUGGGGAUACAUUCAGUUUGUGGGCAUGUGAGAGAUCUGCAGAGUGGAUGGCAACAUCAACAGCCUGGGUUAUCAAGACAUUUGUGCAUUACAAACCACCGGAGAGGGCAAAUUAUUCAGCAGGAUAGUGCUCCUUCUCAUACUUCAGCCUCCACAUCAAAGCUCCUGAAAGUAGAGAAGGUCAAGGCGCUCCAGGAUUGGCCAGCCCAGUCACCAGAUAUGAACAUUAUUGAGCAUGUCUGGGGUAAGAUGGAGGAGGCAUUGAAGAUGAAUCCAAAGAAUCUUGAUGAGCUCUGGGAGUCCUGCAAGAACGCUUUCUUUGCCAUUCCAGAUGACUUUAUUCAUAAGUGAUUUGAGUCAUUGCAGAGAUGUAUGGAUGCAGUCCUCCAAGCUCAUGAUGGAGUCAGACACAAUAUUCAUUCUGUUUCCACUGCAGCACGACUUUAUAUUCUAUACUGGACAUUAUUUCUGUAACAAGUGACAAGACUUUUGUUUAAGCAAAGUCAGACCUCACUGUCCUAAUUAAAUCAUUAAAAAUCAAGGCAUGAUGAUAUUUUAUUUUGGUCAAAUAAGCGUAAUAUAGAGGACUUUGCCUUUUAUAUAAGCCACUUCUGAUACCAAUUGAUCAACUAUAAGUCAAGUUAUUAUUUGUUGUUCCUAAAACUUGGAUAGACAACAAGACUUUUGUUAGUUAGUGUAGUAAAAUGGUCUAAUCCCAAUGAAUAGUUUAUGCUAAGCUAAACUAAGCUAAGCUAAAAGUGCUCCUGCCAGACAUAGAGAUCAGCUGAAUGAAUCCAAAACAGUAAAACUCAACUUUGUACCUCUAUAGGUCUUGUAAGAUGAGCCUAUUUCCAAAAAAAAAAAGGUGCAGUGUUCCUUUAAGUAAAAUAGCAUGCAGAAUGCUAUUGUACACUGUUGUUUGGCAUUAGAAAUAUACACUGUCCAUACAUGUUUUUUAACGUUUGUUUCAGUUAGUGAGUUGGUAUAACAAAUUGUGAAUACGAAGCUUAGAGCAGUCAUUUUUAGAGUCGUAUACAGUUAAUUGCAGGUUGUCUGAAUUGAAAAGCUCAUCGGCUACGUAUGGAAAAGUCUUAUUGUUAUGUGCAUGAAGUUCAUGGAUGUUUUAUCCAAUUAUAUGUUUUGUCACUGUUGCGUUCGAAUCCAUCUCUGUAAUGUUUACAGGUAUGAAAAAAACUGGUGUUGCCUAAUAAAGUGUUUUCAG